AUGGCUGGUGACGGAACCUACUAUCAGCGUGAGUUUGUAGUGGAGGAUGCUGAGCAUAGCGAUGAUGAAUUUGGGACCCACACAGCCGGUGUAGAGUACCCAGAACCGACACGCCACGUAUACCCAAAUGCACAUCCUGCAUUGAAGAACUUUCCAAAGUCAAGCCUUUCCCCACCGGCGAUAACUCAUAGGCCAAAGCUCAACAGCACCCAGUCAAAGGUCUCUACCCCAAACCCACGCAUCCGGAAGGAACCUCCGACUACCCCAGCCGCUGAGACAACGGUCAUAAUCAAACGACCAAAGUCAGAGUUUUCAGGAACACGAGGCCGCGUUCGCGCCUCAGACUUCGAUGACGUGACCAAGUCCGUCGUUGAAGAAGCCAUUUCUAUCUAUCGCGCUCAGAUUGGAGCUGUCGAACCCUACCCUGAUCGUGUUGAAGAUCGCGAGGCGGCGGUGGCGGCUUGGGUCGAGGCUUGCAAUGGUCAGGGAAUCCGCAUAGAGUUUGAUCAUGACAUAAUGAAAUUGAUCACGGCGCGUGCCUCCCAAGCCCGAGGGCAGCUGAAAACGCUUGCACGCCCUCUCGUCGAGGCUGCCUAUGGGAUCAGUCCCACGAAUGCCAAGCGCGACAACCGCAAUCUUGUCGAGGAUUUGCAAGACCGCAUCGGCUUUGCGUACAAGAAUCUGGCUGAUCGCACUGGAUUAUACCGUCAUCCCAUCAUUCAAACGAUCGUCAACAAGAUGUAUUUCAAGCACAAAACAGACGACGGCAUCGUGAACCCAGAGUUCUCGGAGAACGAGGAGCUCUCUUUGGUUACUCUAGCACUGGUCCUCACUGUGAUUGACAAUUGCCUCGACGAGUGGCAAACAGGAGAACAUGUUGAUGUCCAGUUUUCAGCUGCGACCUACAAGAACAAGUUCAUUGCUCACCUCAAACGACUUGAGGACUUCGCUGAGAAGACGAAGGAUGCGAACAUCGUUUCGCGUUUGCGUAAGCAUCUGCUCAAAAUGGCGAAAAAACAUGCCAAGGCUGAUGAUGCACCUCAAGUCAUUCAAGCUGCUAGGGUCACCGAAGAUGAGGUAGAGGCAGCAAAGAAGGAAUGGGAAGGUCUGGUGUUGUCGGAAGAGGAGGAUUGA